AUGACAAACAAGGAUGAACUAGUGCAACUAGCAAGAUUAGCUGAACAAGCUGAACGGUACAGUAUUGGUUCUCAUAGUAAAUAUACCGUUAGUGCUUGUCGAUCAUCUUGGCGAAUUAUAUCAGGCAUUGAACAGGAAACGUUACUUGAUAAAUAUCUCAUUCCAAAAGCAACAACUGCUGAAUCGAAGAUAGUCUAUCUAGAGAUGAAAGGUGAUUACUAUCGAUAUUUGACUGAAAUUACCGUCGGCAGUGAACAGCAAACAAUUCUCAAUGAUGCAGAUACUGCUUGUCGUACAGCCAACCAAGCCUUCGACAAUGCUCUGACUGGAUUAGAUUCUAUUGAUGAUGAUUCUUAUAGAGUAUGGUACGUCGAACUAUUUCCACAUAGUAGCAUUUCUAGUUGUCAAAUUCCAUAUAAUUUGACAACAUGUGAUUUUGUCUACAGUGUUGUUGUUCCAAGAACAAAUAAUAUUUCGUUCGUCUACAAUUGUAUUGAUAUUCAAGGAAAUAAUGUUAUUGGUGUUUUUACUAGCAAUGGUACUUGUGAAUCAUUUCAAUUGAACGAUGAACAAAUUGUAUCUAACUAUUCAACACAAGAUAAUUUUCUCAUUGCUAUCGAUGGACAAGGUACGGGUGUGUAUAGUAUUGCUGAUGAUUUUGUAUGUUUUUAUCAAUUAUAUCCAACAUUUGAAUUGUUCGUUUGGCCAAAUACAAUUGGUAUUUCUCCUCGAGGAAUGCAUAUCGGUUCAAAUCAAGAUUAUGCUGUUGUAGCUGGAUAUUGUCAAUCAACACCAUCAUCUGCUGUCGAAUGUGGUUUUUAUAUUCGAUUAAAUACAUCCUUAUCGUCUCCGUACAGUAUAAGCAAAUUUAAUAUUGCAGGUGUCUUGUAUUAUCCAUGGAGUGAUCCCCGUGUCAUUCGUUACAUGGCUAAUAGUCAAACUUAUACAGCACAAUCAGUCAUGUCAGUGAGUAUUUGUUGGAAUACUCAACAGGUACUUAUUGGUAUUCAGUCAUUAAAUACAGUUUUAUUGUAUUCGUUAAAUGAUACUCACAAUCCAAUUAGUACUCGUCAGAAUGGAGUGGGAUAUAUGGGCUUUGGGAAAAGUGUUGCAUGGCUAGAUGACACAGGUGAAAAAGCAGUGAUUCUAGCCAAUACUUAUAUAUAUUCAACAUAUGAAUGGAUUUCAUCAGCAGUGCAUAUCUAUAAUAUUGAAUCAGAUGGAUUCUCUGAUUCAACGCAACCGAUUCUUGUCUAUCCAAAUAGUCAACAAGUUCUUUUACAAAUGAUGGCUGAAUCUUUAAUUCGUCUCAGUUGUUCACCUGCUGGUAAUUUAGGUAUUUUAGAUAGUUUGAGCAAUGGUGUUGGUAUUCUUGUCGCACCUCCAGGUUACUAUCCAAAUACAAACAUAGAUGUAUAUGCAACCAAUUCUAUUCCUUGUAAUCGUGGUACAAAUCGAACUUAUGCUGGAAUUGAAUUAUGUUCUCCUUAUUCAUCAUCAUCAAUGAACUGUUCAGAAGAUUCAUUCUGUCCAUAUGGAGCUGUUGGUGAAGUUUUAUAUUCUGCAUUUGAAACCAUUGAGCAAAUUCAAGAAUAUCCUGAAUCACCUGAAAAUACUGUUUUUGAUGAUAUACUUAUGCAAAAUAUGUUCGCAUUCAACGUGAACUCAGUGCAUUGUUUGCUCGUCUCACCUCUUGUUUGGGUGGUUCUCGUCAUGUUAAUUGGCUUAUCUGUAGCGCUUUUCCUGACAAUUUCCGAAGCAUUGUAUCCUGAGCACCAUUCAAUGCAAGAUAAUGUCAAGAAAGUAUUUAGAAAAAUUGAUCUCAUCGGUGAAGGAGAGAUGUGGAUCGGUGGUCUGAUCUCAGCUGCAAUAAUUGUACUUGUUGUGUCAGCAUAUAGUUUUUCGAAUUCUUUUCUUCGACAAUAUCCAAUUGAAGAUAUUACUCACAAUAGUUCUUUUGCAUGUGAUGUUACUUUACGCAAUGCAAAAUUUAGUACAACAACACAACAGAGAUGGGAUCCUCGUCGUUCAACAAAAGAAAGUCAAACAAUGUUUGAUUUAUUAAAUGCACAACUAUUUACACUUAAUAUUGAUCUUGUUCAAACAGCAUUUACUUGUGAUGAUCAACUCUACGUACAACGUUUUGAUGGUUAUGAAACCACUAUUAUACCAAUUACUAAAUGUCAAACAAAGUACAAUGAUACCACUCUCAGCUUGACUAUUUUACUACCAGCUCAAGUGAUUAGUGUCCGAUUGGUUUUGCCAGGAUUAAAUACAGUUGGAGCCAUUCGAAUUGGCUUAAGUGGACCUGCAGCAGAAGCUGAAGAUGGAAGAUUCACAUUGAUGGCUCUGAAUUUUGCUUCGACAUUUGUCUCAUCAUCACUUGAUCAAGUUCUUGCUGAAUCAAUGACAUUUCCUAUUGAAUUAACUGAAAUUGUUAAUCAAACAGAUCCAUUAAAUAGUAAUGACGUAUCUAAAUUUAGUGGUAUUUGGUCAUCAUCAUUAACUGUUAAUUCAGCUCAACUCUUUACUAAUGAGAGUCAAUAUACAUUCUUGUAUCGAACAACGACAAAUAUUAGUAUUACAAUUGAACAAAAUAUAUUUUAUAUUGGUAAUUUACAACAACCUAUCGCGAGACAAACUGAAGUUAUCUUUCGUAGUCUUCUUUUCACAAUUGUGGUGUUAGAAGUGUUUGGUUUAAUCUUUCUUCUCAUCAAAUUAUUGUUCAUGCCAGUGUUUCGUACAAUACACGAACGUUUACGCCAAAGAUCGCCAAAAAUUCAUGACAGUGAAAUAGACGAUAUAUCCAAAAUAAAGGCGGAAAACGAUAUUAUAACAAAAGUCAUUCAUGAAAAUGAUCAAAAUUUUAUCAAGAGAAAAUGUCAUCGCAGAUGGUCAACAACGGCGAUUGCUAGGAAGCCGUGUCACGACUAG